AUGCCUUCUUUGUUAGACCUAGAAGACGAGACCAUACGAGCCAUCAAAGUACCUGUAAGAAUCCAUAGUCUCAGUAGAUUGGAAGGAUUACAUGUCAAGGCUACGCAAGGGACAAAGAUAGCUAAGUGGAUGAGCGAGGCACCUAGAGAAGUAGAACAAGGGGUCAGACGACUUGAAAUAUGUGCUCCAUUCUUGGCAGGUUCCGAUUUGAUCAGCACCUUUUCGGCUCUUAUCAUGUUCUUACAUCGAUUUGAGAACUUGAAAGAAUUGGUUAUCCGAAAUAAUCCAAAUACAUCUUGUUAUCACUUACACGGCUACACUACCAGUCCAGAUCAAUUACCUGGAAUGCUCAAAUUGCCUUUAUUCCCUUUUUUACCUAAACUACGUUCAUUAUCUGUCGAAGUAAUGUGCCCAUCAUGCGCUGAGCAGAUUCCAAAAAUUCUCGUCCCUGCUGCACCGAAUAUCCAACAUCUCAAACUUUCCGUUUAUGGUCUACCCAAACCAUUACCUCUUGGUCAGUUUACCGGUGCUGACCCAUGGGAUGAGAGUCCAGAUCCUUCAGAGGUUAUACGGGAUAUGGUGACCAUGUGGUGCAAGAACAAUCAGAAGGAUACCAUUGGUCUGAAAACUCUGUAUAUAAGGUAUUGGCCCAGACCUGAUGAACGGACUCGUGAUCGUUAUAGAUCGACCAUCCGGAAAACUUCAGAGGCCUUACCCAACCUUAAAGAGUCGGUGAUCGUUGAAUUCAACGGUAUCACCGGAAAUCUAAAAAGUGGGAUUAGUGUCAAAGCAAGAUGUAUCCACGAUAUAUGGAUAUUCGAAUGCGAUGCGACAACAGAUGAAGGCGACGAAGCUCGAUGUUGCUCGUUGGAAGAAACACUUGUAACUUUGUCGCUGCCACCGAAGAUCAAGAUAUUUGAUCCAAUCUUCGUACUCAACUUUCCGUCUAAACGACCUACUAUACCCAUCGCGUCGACCGGACAGACACGCUCGUUGUACUCAGCCAGCCGAUCAAUAACGCAAAGACCAACUUUGGAGGAGGUCAAAACUUUUGAGAAGACCUGUAGAGUUGUCAUCGAAGCCGCCGCUCAAAUCAUAGUUGACAUCGUUCCAUCAUUGGAAGAGGGUUUCUUCUGGGAGAAGGGUACAGAGCUUUCAAAGAAAGAUUGGUAUCUUUGGAAGUGGAAGAAGGUGAUCGUUAACGGGAUCUCAAAAGUUGAAGUCGACCAAUGUCCGGAGAUGAUGUCAAGUGCUUUUAUUUCUGGUAAGCCCCGUGAGCCUAAUAACUCUCCCAGGAUUGUACAUACUCCAAGUGGGAUACCAAUGGUCAUGAACGAUGACGGUGAAGAGUCCGAAAUGGAUGAAAGCGAAGCCGAGGCUGAUCUGGCAAUACAAAUGACGAUGGGCUUCGACGUUGAGGACUUGAUGAUGUUCGGACCUCAUAUGAACAUUUAA